AUGCCUUAUCAUCUGAGGGCCUGCUUUCUCUAUUUGGGAAUAUUUCCUCGCAAGUCCAAGUUCUCCGUUUCGAAAUUGGCCCACAUGUGGAUUGCAGAAGGAUUUAUACCACGCAAGGAUGGUGUCACCUUGGAAGAGACCGCAGAAGAGUAUUUGAAGGAGCUAAAUCCGCAUGCUGAUGGGGAGAACUUUCUCCAGGAAUUCAGGAAUUCUGGGCCAGAAGGAUUCUAUCCUCCAAUCGAUGAGGUGAAGAAAAAUCGCCGCGUUUGUAUUCAUGCCCAUAUUUCCAAGUUCAUAGAGACAUUGAUCUCUUCAAGACAUCAAACUUUGAAGAUCGGUCUCCGCUCGUUUGUUUCUCACUCCGACACAGAAGUUACCUUGCACGGGAAAAACAUCUCAAUCAUCCGUGCAGCUUUCAAGCUGCUUAGGGUGUUGGAUGCUAAGCCUAUCAAGGUCAAUAAAAUUCACAGUGACUUGUGCCUGCUGGUUCAUUUGAGGUACGUCACCCUUUCGCUCAACGGGGAUGUUCUUCCAGAAGCCAUCUCCAAACUUAGAAACAUGCAGACUCUUACAGUUCAUACAACAUCUUGCACCCUUAAGAUUGAAGCAGAUAUCUUGAAGAUGGUUGAGCUAAGGCAUUUCCAGACGAAUGCAUCCGCUACUUUGCCCAAAAAAAGUAAGGCCUCUGAAGAAGAUGAACGCCUUCAAACACUCUGCGGGAUUUCACCCAAAAGUUGUACCCAAGAAUUCUUCAGUAAACUCCCCAAUUUGAAGAAACUUGGCAUCUGUGGCCAACUAGGACUACUGCUACUUGAUGGCAAGAAUGAGUUGUUGAGCAAAUUGGUUAAGGUUGAAAAACUGAAGCUGCUAAACCAGGUAACAAGUCCAAAAGAUGAAGACGACUUGAGCAAACUAUUUGAUCAACCCCCGCGAUUCCCUCCGAACCUGAGGAGUCUAACAUUGUCUGCUACUUCUCUCGAUUGGAAGCAUAUUUCUAUCCUUGGAUCGCUGCAGGAACUCGAGGAGCUGAAGCUGAAAAAUGACGCAUUCGUGGGGGACAAGUGGGAGGUCCAUGAUGAAGGUUUCCCCAAUCUUAAAACCUUGAAAAUUGAAAGCUUACAUUUGAUACACUGGAAAUCUACAAGCGCUCACUUCCCGAAACUCAAGCGCCUUAUGCUGUCCAAAUGUGAGAAACUGAGGGAAAUUCCAGUUGAGCUGGCUGAUAUCUCAACUUUCCAAGAAUUGCAUUUGCGCAAUGCCAACCAAUCAGCUAUUGAAUGUGCUAAUGAUAUUCUUGCGGACAAACUACAUAUGAAGCAAAACGACAACAACAUCAUGUUCGAGCUUUUAUUUGAUGAUUGA